AAGAGCAUUGAAUUACAUUUCUUAAUAUUUAAAUGCUGCAGUAAUUUACGUCUACUGUGUAGUGUAGUUCAGUAGAUUAAUGCUUAAUUAUAAAAUAACAAUGGCACAAGCAAGUAAUAUGUUAGAAUUAUCUGAUAUGUUUGAAAGGUCUGCUAAUCAUUUAAAAUCUAUUAUUGGUAAGUUAGAACCUGGACAUCUUCUAGAGCUGUAUGGAUUUUAUAAGCAGGCAACUGUGGGGCCAUGUAAUAUUUCUAAGCCACGCUGGUAUGAGAUGCAAGCCAAACAGAAAUGGGAAGCAUGGCAAGCAUUAGGAGACAUGUCUCGUGAAAUUGCCAUGAAGAACUAUGUGCAGCUAAUUUCAGAACUGGAUCAUGGUUGGAGAGAUGCAAAUUUAAAUUCAGAAGGGAGUGGUAUUAGUGGAAGAAGUGGGUGGGUUACAGUUAGCUGUAUGUCAAGUACAGAUGAGUACUUGGAUGAUGCAGACAAAACUAUUUUUGAUUGGGUUAAAGAGGGCAAUGCAGAAAAAGUGUGGGAAUUUGCUCAGAAAUCCUCACUGGCUGAUUGUAAUAUCAUAGAUUCAGAAGGAAUGGGGCUUAUUCAUUGGGCAGCUGACCGAGGUAACAUUGCAAUGUUAAAAUGUUUGAUUAAGGAUUUAAUGGCUGAUGUGGAUCUGAGGGAUGGGGAUGGACAGACAGCACUGCAUUAUGCAGCAUCUUGUGGACAUGCUGAUGUUGUAAAAUUUCUUUUGGACAAUGGGGCAAAUCCUAAUGUUGCUGAUACAGAAGGUAUGUUACCCAUUGAUGUUGCAUCGGGUAGUGAAAUUUUGGAGUCUUUGAAUAAAGCAGACUGAAGAAUUGUUCAUAUUACAGUCAUUAAUGAAGUUGUAUAAUGCUGAAUAAAAUAAAUUGAUUAACAUUGCAGAAUUUUCA